AUGCAUUUGCCUCUUCGUCACUCAAUAGUAUCAAAACUCCUUGGAGGUGCUGGCAUCCUUGCAGUCUGCUACUAUGUCCUUCAGCUUCAAACCCGCGAUCCUUCUGCGCCCGCACCGGUGGCUAUGACACCUCCCCUACAAACCACUCCCACUGCGAAACCAGAACCCACACCAGACACAAUACCGAAGAAACUGUGGUACAAACUUGGGCCCAACGGCCUGAGUGAGCAGCUUCGAAGAUAUUCCGAUUCCUGCAUCACUAUGAACCCAACCUUCCGACACGAGUUUAUGACGGACAGCUCCGGCGACGACUUUGUCAAAGACAAAUUCGGCGCCUCUCGCCCUGAUAUAGUUGACAGUUUUCUCGCUAUAAGUGUUCCUAUCAUCAAAGCGGACCUGCUUCGUUACCUUGUACUCUAUGAGUAUGGUGGGGUUUGGAAUGAUCUGGAUGUCUCUUGCGAAGUACCUAUUACUGAAUGGAUCCCAAACCGAUAUAAUGGCAACGCAAGUGUAGUCGUCGGCCUGGAGUUUGAUGUUGACAUAUGGGUUCGACAAUUCGCUAGUUGGACGAUUAUGGCAAAGCAAAAAUCACCGCAUUUGCUAACUGUCGUCGAGGACUGCUUGGAAUACCUUGCUCAAAAGGCUAAGGAGUAUAACGUCGGAAUACAUGACCUAAAGCUCAAUAUGAUUGAUGACAUUGUCGAUGUCUCGGGGCCGCGGAGGCUGACGCGUGGGGUUUUGAAAAGCUUGAGUAAGAAACUCAACGAAGAGAUAGGGAAUAAUGAGAUAUCCCAUGUUUCGGAACCACGGCUUAUCGGAGAUCUUUUGGUGUUGCCGGACUUUGCAUUUGCCAACUCAAUGAAUCAACAGUAUGGAGACAAGAAAUCUGGCCAGGUAUUGAUAACUCAUCAUUACGCUGGCUCAUGGAAGAACACAAACGGUGGCGAAGAGCAUGUUGAUAGAUAG